CCGCUUUUGAUAUUGAGCGUUGUUUUGAAGCUCCGUUCUCUUUCAUCGAGCUCCGUUCGUUGUUACGCCAUUUCUCUCUCUCUCUCGAUCAGAUCAUAUACGCAGAGUGAAGCAGGAUGGGACUGUCGUUCGCCAAGCUUUUUAGCAGGCUUUUUGCCAAGAAGGAGAUGAGGAUUCUCAUGGUUGGUCUUGAUGCUGCUGGUAAGACCACCAUUUUGUACAAGCUCAAGCUCGGUGAGAUCGUCACCACCAUCCCCACUAUUGGGUUCAAUGUUGAAACUGUGGAGUACAAGAACAUCAGUUUCACAGUCUGGGAUGUCGGGGGUCAAGACAAGAUUCGUCCAUUGUGGAGGCACUACUUCCAGAACACUCAAGGUCUCAUCUUUGUGGUGGACAGCAAUGACAGAGACCGUGUUGUUGAGGCUAGAGAUGAAUUGCACAGGAUGCUUAAUGAGGAUGAGCUGCGUGAUGCUGUUCUGCUUGUGUUUGCUAACAAGCAGGAUCUUCCAAAUGCCAUGAACGCAGCUGAAAUCACUGAUAAGCUUGGUCUCCACUCUCUCCGUCAGCGUCACUGGUACAUCCAGAGCACAUGUGCCACUUCAGGCGAGGGACUUUACGAAGGUCUUGACUGGUUGUCCAACAACAUCGCCGGCAAGGCGUAGAGGGAAAGUUUGUGGUUGAGUUGAUUUUGCUGGGCAAAUCUUGAUGCAGGGGCAAAACAUUAUCUGAGUUUUUUUUAUUCCGGUUAUCUUAUAUUGUUUUUGUUUUUUUCGGGUAUGUGGAUUGAUUUUGUGAUCGUUGUUUUAACUUGUGUAAGGCGGGAGGGGCCUCUUGUACGUAGAACACAGAAACUACCUUAUUACAUAUAUAGCUUGUUAUCCAAGAUUCUCUCUUACUGCUUU